AUGUGCAGCGUGUUUUUCGAGGUUGUAGAGCCUCUUGACCAUGCCACUUUCCUGAGCGUGUGCGACGAAGUGCUUCGAGACAGCCUCCUCGUGCUGGCUCCCUUUGGACUGCCCAGACACCUCCGCGAGGCCCUCGGCAGCGAGAAGGAGUUCAUCCGACUGUACGGCCCGAGGUUCAGGUUUAUAUUGGAGGCCGUAUCAGAUGUCACGUAUAAGGAGCGGGGUGUCACCGAGAGCCAGGUUGCGGUCACCCUGCACAAGCUUACGGAAGAAGAGCAGAACCCAGAAGCGAUGGCCUACCUGGCCAGGAUGGGCGACUCCCUCCGGGAAAUCUACUCGCCCGCCCGCAUCCUCGAGCUCCCGACGCGAGCACCCACCUCGACGGCCGACCUGGCCACGAUCGGUUCGAGCCUCCUAGGGGCGGGCGCGGUCUACACGCCGGGGCCGCAGCAAGCGGGUCGUCGCGGGGGAAGAGGAGGAGGGGCACCUCUUUGCGACGGCACGCCACGGCAGCCAAGCCGCGCGGGGCACGCAGGGCGGUGCUCCUCCUCUCCGGCGGGGGACGGUGACUCUUCUUGCGCCGGCGAGAAUAACAAGUGCAGCACCGCCGGUCGGGCAGAAGGCGGCGGCGGCGGCGGCGGCGGCGGCGACAGCCGCGCCGACAAGGGGGAGACAGACCACGACAAGGUGCAGCGCGAGAGGGUGGCGUCCUGCUUGUCGGCGUUGCGCGGCUGUCGGGAGGAGCUUGAAGUGUUCUCCGAUGAGCUCGAACAGGCGCACAUCCAGGCCCUCACGGAAGCGUUUGCGGGGAGAUACAGUGGGGCGGCACCCCCCGGCGACAGCGCUGGCGGCAGCAGCAGCUCGUCACAAGAGCUGAAAAGUCGUCGUUCGGACGUGGCGGCGCUGGACGAGUUCGCGGCGGUGCCCUUCUUGGACCACGAGCUGUUCAUGCUAGUGCGGGCGAUAGAGGAGGAGCGACUCGGGGAAGAAAAGGGGGCGGGGAAAGAAAAAGAGUCCGCCAGCGGCGGCGGCAGCAGCAGCAGCAGCGCUACGGGCGCGUGUUCCGAGUCUCCGACGGCAGCAGACGGCGACGGCGACACGAGUCUGUGUGAGAGGCCCGCGGCGUGCCUCGAGUUCCUCCUCACGUCUCAAGCGGUCCGGGUGCGCGCGGACGAGAGCAUGGAGAGGGGGCUAGACAAGGAGGCAGCCGCGUCUUUGAAAGAGGCGAACAUCCUUAUGGAGGCAUUCUUGGAGGAGGGACAACGCCUUCCGAGGCCCAGUAGGCACCUAGCCGAGCUUCGAGCCGGCCUAGCCAAGUGUGAGAUGCGCGGCGGAGACUUGGAGGCCGCUAUCGCCCACGCGGAGGCAGCCCUGGCGGAACACCCCGCUUGCGGAGAGGCGUUCUUGAUCAGGGGACAGUGCCGUCGAGAGCUGGGCGACAACGGGGGAGCGCUGAGAGACCUGGUGAACGCCUUCGUUCUCCAGGGGAACGCCUUGAACAACGCCGGGGACGGGUCGGAAGCCCAGGCCAUAGAAGACGUCUCGCGGGAGAGCUGCAGGGCGAGGGCAGGGGAAGAGUUUUCACAGCGGGCGGCCCCCAAUGCUCUGCCGGCUGACUGGGUCGUGCGGAGCUUUCUGACGUCUUACGACACUAAGGGCUUGUACGAGGAGCACGACGCCGUGUUUAGGCUACACGGUGAAGACCCCGUGGCGGCAGCGGCGGCAGCGGAAGGAGAUGAGGGAGGGCAGGCAGCAGCGGUGACAGAGUUCUGGCAGGGGCUAAGCCUGGUCCGGGAGGGGAAGUACGCGGAGAGCAUCGCCAAGUUUUCCUCUUCCGUUUCUGCUUUUUCGUCUUCUGCCCCUGUUGCGGUUCUGGGGGAGGGGACGGGGGCGGGGGACACGACCAGGAUCCAAUCUCUGGCACUAGAGUACUGUGGGUCAUUUUUGUACCUCAUGGGGGAUAUGAACACGGCUCUGGAACAUCUCAGACUUGCGGGUGAGGUGGACGAAACGAACGCGAAGAGCUGGGUCAAGCGAGGGAGCGUGUUGAGCGAUCUAGGUCGUCGUGAAGAGGCGUUUGAGUGCUUCGAUGCAGCAGCGGCGAUCGCCCCUCGAGAUUCAGACCUCUUCCUCCACCGCGGGCAGGGGCACCUGCUGGCGAACGACUUCAGGAAGGCAACCGCGGACCUGAGGAGGAGCGUGGAGCUUUGCCCGACGAUGCCGAUCUCGCGGGCGGCGUGGGGGGUGGCCUUGUUCAAGCUGGCUACGGCGGCCGAACUGCCAUCUCCGUCAUCCCUGUCGAAAUGCGUGCAAGUGCUGGAAGAAUCUCGAGAGCUUUUUCCGGAGAACCCGGAGGUGCUCUUCUUCUUUGCCGAGGUUCUCAUUAGCAUGGGCGACUUCAAGAAGGGGCUGGAGUUCCUUCAAACGGCGGCGUCGCUGGACCCCGAAUGCCCGGUUCCGUACGUGAACGCGGCGAGGGCGUACCUGGGCAUGAACGACACGAAGGCUGCCCGCAGGCAAGUAGUGGCCGUCGUGCAGCAAGGAUAUGAUUUUUUUUUAGAUGGUCAUGCUGUCUGUCCAGCAACAGGUUGCUGCGCUUCCGAGAAUUUGUCUGUGAUUGGUAGGCGUAUGCGUUUCAUACUUCGUUCCAUGUUGAUGCCAAUGUGUGUGUUGUUGGGCACCGUCAAAAGUUUGUUCCUCUUUCAUAGCUUUGUAGGAAUAUGUUCUCGCUUUUCCCUUGCUGCUACAACGUGGUGCAUGGUGCAACUGUUCUGGGAUAUUCGACCAAUUGUGCGGGGUCGGCUUUGUCUGUGGAGCAACAGGUUGCUGCGCUUCCGAGAUUUUGUCUGUGAUCGGUAGACGCAUGUACUUCAUACGCUCCAUGUUGAUGCCGUGUGUGUUUAGUUUUGCACCGUCAAAUUUUGUUCCUCUUGCAUAUCUUUGUAGAAAUAGGUUCUCGCGUUUCGCUUGCUGCUACAACGUGGUGCAACUGUUCUGGCAUCAUCGAAUUGUGCGGGGGCGGCUUUCGGCCAGCUUCAGCAGUUCUGAAAACGAUUCAAGCCACAGCGAGUGCCGGUUCGAAUAGGCCGAUCAGACACAGCCGUAGAACGAACCGUGAUGAAGGGGACCUUGCUUGUAUCGUAUUGCGCCCAAAUCGGACCAAUUACUGUCCAACAGGCCGUUUCAGGAUGGUCACGCCCAAUGUUAUUUUUUGCGUCAUUGCCGAGUAUUGGUGGUUGUUGUUGUCAUGUUGUGGAAUUUGCAUUGCCCAUGGACUCUCGGCGAUUGUGUGUUGCGCGCCACCUCUGCUUGGAUGGGUCGAGAUGGCUUGACUGCCCACCUUUCGACACGAACCUUGUGCUGCUGGGUGUUGU